AUGGCUUUGAAAGCUUUUUCUCUUCUCUCGUUGACUCCCCUCCUCCUCCUCCUCUUCCCUCUCCUUUCUCAUGCAACUAAUUCACCAAAGUCGCAUGAAAAAAAAUCUUCACCCUUGGAGUUUCUCAAGCACCUUCAAGGAUGUCAGCUGGGUGAAAAUAUCGAAGGCAUCCACGACCUCAAAAAAUACCUCGAACAAUUUGGUUAUCUAAGCUAUAGCCAUUCCAAAAAUCAAACCCAUGCCAACAGCGACGAUUUUGACGAACUCUUGGAAUCGGCCAUCAAAACAUACCAACUCAAUUACCAUCUGAAUGCGAGUGGCAUUUUGGAUGAGAAAACAGUAUCAAAGAUGAUGAUGCCUCGCUGCGGCGUGGCAGACAUCAUCAAUGGUACAAAUAGGAUGCGUCCGGGGAAGAAGAGGCAUCACAACGGACAUGGCUCGUUGCAUGAUGUCUCUCUCUUUUCUUACUUCCCCAACAACCCAAAGUGGCCGCCCUCCAAGUAUCACCUCACCUAUGGGUUUCUCGCUGGCACCCCGACUGCAGCCAAGAGGCCCGUUGCAGAAGCCUUCCAGAAAUGGGCCUCACGCACGCACUUCACCUUCUCACGGGCUCGAGGCGUCUCAAACGCGGAUAUCAAAAUUGGUUUUGGUCGUGGGGAUCAUGGAGACGGGUCCCCUUUUGAUGGAGCCGGUGGCACCCUGGCCCAUGCUUUUCCACCAACUGAUGGGAGAUUCCAUUAUGAUGGAGAUGAGAAAUGGAGUGUGGGUGCAGUGUCAGGUGCAUUUGACUUGCAGACAGUUGCCUUGCAUGAAAUCGGGCAUCUUCUUGGACUGGAUCAUAGCGAAAUUGUGGGAGCUAUCAUGUAUGCCUACAUCAAUGAAGGAGAGACCAAAGGUCUGCAUGCCGACGAUAUUCAAGGAAUUAAAUCCUUAUAUAACGUUUGA